AUGUCUGACCCAUACGGCAAUCACUCCCAAUACAAUCAGUACAGCGGUGCACCUCCGCCUCACGAUCAGUACAACUCCGGAUAUUACGGAGGCCAACAAGGCAAUUAUCCCCCUCAGGACCAGUACGGACAGUACGGGCAGCACGGACAACAUCCCCAACAGGGUUACUAUCCGCCCCAGAUUACUCAGAAUAAACAAUCCUACAAUCAGAACCCCAACGAGCAUUAUCCUGGCAGCCCUCCCCCUUACGGACAACAAGGAUAUCCUCCCCAUGGUCAACCACCCCAACACAGCGGACCACCGGGGAACCCGCCCUACGGCCAAGACCCACACAUGAACUAUGGCAACGAUCGUGGCCACUCCCCAUACCCUCCCCAGCAACAACAGUACCAUCAAAGCGAGAGCGCAGGCUACUACGGCGGCCAGCCAGCACACUCUCCCCAACCAGGCCACGGCGGCCCGGUUCCAGGUGGUCCAGAAGGUGAAAGGGGUUUGGGUUCUACAUUGGUUGGUGGAGCUGCUGGCGGUUUCCUGGCGCAUAAGUUUGGAGGUGGUGCGUUGGGAACCGCGGGCGGCGCACUUGCAGGUGCUGUGGGAUUGAAUAUGGCUACUAAUGCGGCCAAAAAGCAUAAGAAGCACAAGAAAGAGAAAAAGCACAAGCACAAGCACAAGCGCAGCGGCUCCAGUUCCUCAAGCUCUAGCUCUAGUAAUUAGAUUCAGGACGAUUGCUUGUAUCCUUUUUGCCUUUUUCCUCGGCGGGCAUGAAGACAGUCAUAUUAUUAAAUCCCAUACUGCUCUCCACGGUUGAAUUUAAUUGAUACCAUUACUGUUAUAUUCUCAAGGAUUCAGAUAAAAAAAAAGUAAUAGUUGUAUCACCUGUUUCU